GAGUGCAAAGAGCUCAACAUCCAGUUCCACCUGCUGCGCGGCGCAGCGGGGGACYUCCUCCCUGGCUUUGUGUCGGAUCACAGGUUCGGGGCACUGGUGACGGACUUCUCCCCCCUCAGAGAGCCUCUGCAGUGGCUGGAGGACGUUCAGAAGAAACUUCCAAAGGACGUCCCCCUCAUUCAGGUCGAUGCUCAUAAUAUCGUCCCCUGCUGGGUAGCAUCGCCCAAACUGGAGUACGCUGCCAGAACCAUCAGAGGGAAAAUCACCAGUGUCCUGCCUGAGUUCCUGACUGAUUUCCCUCCUGUGGUGGAGCACAAGUACAGUGCUCAAAAGCCGGCAAAACCUGUAGACUGGGACAAAACCCUGGCUUCCCUGGACGUGGACAGAAGUGUGGCAGAGACGGAGUGGGCUAAACCUGGCACCCAAGCAGGACUGGACAUGUUGAAGUCCUUCAUCGAUGAUCGUCUCAAACUGUUCUCCACCCACAGAAAUGACCCGAACGUGGCGGCCCUCAGCCAGCUGUCCCCGUGGAUCCGCUUCGUACCAGAUGGUAAUCGAGGGGAAGUUGCACGGUUUCCUGAGGAUGUACUGGGCCAAAAAAAUUCUGGAGUGGACUCGUUCACCAGAGGAGGCGCUCUCCAUCGCUCUGUACCUGAAUGAUCGCUACGAGCUGGACGGUCAGGACCCCAACGGCUUUGUUGGCUGUAUGUGGUCUAUCUGUGGCAUCCAUGACCAGGGCUGGGCUGAGAGGCCUGUGUUUGGAAAAAUCCGCUACAUGAAUUAUAAAGGCUGCCUUCGCAAGUUUGACGUGGCCAAGUUUGAGAAGAAGUACUGUCCUAAAAAGCUCUGAAACAGGACGUGUCCUGAUGAGUGGACAGCUGUCCCUUCAUCACUGCUGUAAAGAAACAUCUUUAUGUUUUUAUCAGGGGAUUUAUUUUAAUCUUAUGUUUUUUUUUAUCUCAUAUUGAAGGUUUUGUCCAAAACAAUCUAUAUGCUACAAGUCAACUGUUACAAACAAUAAAUGUGUUUAUCAAAGCUACAAGCUGUUUACAUUUGAAACAUGCAAGAGAUGUUUUUUGUAAAAAUGUUCUGUAUGAGAAAAAACUUUUAACUCUGUUUUUCUGUUGCCUUCUGAAACUUAAGUCUAAUGUUUUGGGAUAUAAAAGGACCAGUAACAAACUCAA